AUGUCUGCUAAAGUCGUUCUCUUCUUAAGCAUCGCUAUCAUUCUCUUAGAAUCGUCCGCUGUAUUGUCGACCCCAAUUAUUAUUACUCCAACCCAUUUCGAGAAGCGCAAAUUUGCGCCAGCCUUUUUUGGUCCAGAAGCUAACAAAUUAGAGAAAAUUUUCUUCGUCGAUAACGCUUUUGGUGCAUCAAAUUCACAUGGAAUCCACGGCCCAUCUAGCGUUGCUGAUUCCGCGAAAAAGGCUAUGGUUUUUGCUAAUGAUAACGCUUUCAUUAAACGUGCUCCUUCAGUUAUGCAUCCCCUUAGUUUUCUUGGUCCAGAAGCUGAAAAACUCGAGAAAAUUAUCUUUGUCGAUAACGCUUUUGCUGCAUCGUCAAACGGGAUCUUCGGACCAACUAGUGUCGCUGAUUCCGCAAAAAAGGCUAAGGUUGUUGCUUUUGAUGACGCUUUUAUUUAG